AAUGUUUUUUCUGCAGUUUCAGAACUUAGAACAGCAUUGCUAAAAGUGAAUGAAUUAAAAGGCUCGCAGACUAUACUGAAUGCGCAGGUUGUAAAGGAUGCUGCUUUUCUUUUUGCGGGCGAGUUUCAACUUAGGCAACAAUCUCUCUUCUCAAAGCACUGCUUGAAGACCCUCUUUUCACAAUGAAUGUGACACAGCUAAAAGGGAGUUUUCCAUUGAAGACCUCUAACAGCACUGAAGACUACAAUGAGUCGAGCUUAAUAAGUAACAGAAGUGUUUCAGAGUUCUGUGAACAGGUCCUCAUUAAGGCUGAAAUCUUUCUAAUUCUUGGUAUCAUCAGCCUGCUGGAAAACAUCCUUGUGAUUUUAGCCAUUAUCAAGAACAAAAAUCUGCACUCUCCCAUGUACUUUUUUCUCUGCAGCCUUGCAGCAGCUGACAUGCUGGUCAGUGUGUCUAAUUCCCUGGAGACUAUUGUCAUUGCCAUCUUGAACAACGGCUACCUCAUAGUGCACGACAGGUUCAUCCAGCUCAUGGACAAUAUCUUUGACUCAAUGAUCUGCAUCUCACUUGUUGCCUCCAUUUGUAACUUGCUCGUCAUUGCUAUUGACAGGUAUAUCACUAUUUUCUAUGCUCUGCGCUACCAUAGCAUCAUGUCUGUAAAGAAAGCUUUGACUCUGAUCUGCCUGAUUUGGGUGGUAUGCAUAUUCUGUGGCAUUAUUUUUAUUGUGUACUCUGAGAGCAAGACUGUGAUUGUGUGCCUUAUCACCAUGUUUUUUGCCAUGCUUGUCCUCAUGGCCUCUCUUUACGUACACAUGUUCAUGCUCGCCAGGCUGCACAUCAAGCGAAUUGCUGCGCUGCCUGUCGAAGGUGUCAUGCAGCAGAGAACUUGCAUGAAAGGGGCCAUCACUAUCACAAUUCUUCUGGGAGUCUUCAUCUGCUGCUGGGCGCCUUUCUUUUUGCACCUAAUUCUCAUCAUCACUUGCCCCAAGAAUCCGUACUGUGUCUGCUACAUGUCACAUUUCACCACCUACCUGGUCCUGAUCAUGUGCAACUCGGUCAUUGACCCCAUUAUCUAUGCCUUCCGGAGUCUGGAGAUGCGUAAGACAUUCAAGGAGAUUAUCUGCUGCUAUGGACUGAGUUUUAGUGUUCGCUGCCAAGAUUUAGACUUGACAUCUGCUGGCUGAUUUGUACUGUAAUUCUAAGCUAAGCAAAUGGCUCAAACCAGUGAUAGACUUAGCUGCAUGUGACGUGGGAAUCUGUGCUGUAUACCAAUACUCUGCUGCUCAGAGAAGUUGAAAACCAGCUGAAAGAGAUGGCCGCUGGACUGUAUGCAGAAAGAGUUUGCUGCUUCAUCAGAUUUAUUCAUUUAUUUAUUUUCCCAGCAAAUGAAACAAAACCACUGUUAACUCCUUCAGAACUCCUGUUGACCACUGUACUGUUUCUCCUCUAGUGGACUCUUCUGAGCAACAACCAGCAUUGCCUGUGCUUAUGCAUCCAUUGAAAAUUAUUUGUUCCUACAAUGUUUUGUAUUUUUUUUUUUUCUUUUAGUGAAGGAUUUACAUCCUUUUCAAUACCAAACAUAAGCUCUCUGGAUCAAAUAGAGACUUUAACAACUGACUCUUGUCCACUGGGAUCUGCACACACUAAGAUAUGCCUGCCAGCCUGUAGUCCUUGCACAUUGGACUUACAACUUGAUGAAAAUAUCCAAAGCACAGAAAUUAAAUUAGGGUACCAAAACUGUUGUGGAGCACAUUCAGUGUGACCAAGGGUUUGUGUGUUUUAUUUAAACUUGUCAUAUGUCAUUGCAUUAGAGAGCGUGUGUGGCUCCCAAAAUCCAUGCUGUGUCAGUUGAAUACUUCUUUUAGCAGCUAAAACUGCUUUUAAAAUUGGCUGCAGGGUGGAUUUUUAUUUUAACUGGGGCUUUUUGAAUCAGAAACAUCAUUUCCCUAAAUGCAUUCAUGUCUGUCCAGAUUUGUGGGCUUGUAUUCUGUAUUUGUUGUGUGGUAUGGAAGCUGUCUGGGCACCUGUGCUAAAAUCAGCCUCAUGACUGUACUGUGUAUUUUCAAUGUGC